GUGGAUUUUCACAAAUUUUAUCUUUUGUGGAUAAGCAUUUUGUUACUCUUCUACCUUGACUCAUUUUCAUAACUUGGCUUAAAUCUUAUAGACGACAUUUUAUCUGAGCAUAUAUCUUACGAAAUUAAAGAAAUGUAUUAUUUCAAACGAUACAAUUGAAAUAAUUGAGAUACGAAGAAACAUCAUGUCGUUUUCCAGGGUCCCUGGAGCCGAUAAUCUUUACGUUGGAGGAGCCUGGGCAUUGAACCUUGAGGGACAUCGUCAAAAGCUUUACGACCAAAAUGUUACGCACGUACUCUCAGUCAUUAAGUUCUCCUUCGACAAAUGGGGCGAGGAAGCAAAGCGUCUCAAGCAUAUGAGUAUUGAUGUAAUGGACGAUUCAGAUACCGAUCUACUAGUCUACUUUUCAUCUGCAGUACGCUUCAUCGAAAAUGGGUUAUAUCCAUCGGCCAAUGAUGAGGACAAAGAAGCGAGUGAAAAACGACAAGCUAGAGAUGAUGGUACCUCUCCUGGCGGAGUCUAUGUGCAUUGUGCUAUGGGCAUAUCGCGCUCCGUAACCUGUGUGAUUGCUUACUUACUCUACAAAUACCCCCACCGCUUUGGAGGCAAGCAGUUUGUUCCUUCGGUGACCUCUGCAGUUCGACGGCGGCAAACUUCUAAGGAAGCUGUACAGAAAGCCCUCGAGUGGGUCCGCGAGGGGCGCGGAGCAGCUUCGCCUAAUGACGGCUUCAUGCGCCAGCUUGAGAUAUGGUGGGAGAUGGGAUGUCCAGCCGAGAGCGAUAGCGCUGUGGAGCAACAUCCUAUAUACCAGAAAUGGCUAUAUGAAAGAAUGCUUAAAGAAUCCCGGGAUAUACGCCAGGCACCUGAGGCUGAGCAGAUCCGUUUCGAAGAUGAAGUGGAGCUGGGAGAUGAGGCUGCCGAAGCUGAGGCGGAUAAGGCAGAUGGCAGGGAAGUUCGCUGUAAGAAGUGUAGACGUAUCCUUGCGACACCGAAAUUCGUCGUGCCGCACACUCCAAAUCCUACUGAGCGGCCAGAAUCUCCGAAUUGCGCUCAUGUCUUCAUUGAGACUCUCUCCUGGAUGCGACCUGCCUUAGAAGGUGGUGCCCUCGAGGGUCGUCUAUCCUGCCCAAAUGCUAAAUGCGGUGCUACGAUCGGUCGUUUUGCAUGGCAAGGCUUAAGAUGUAGUUGUGGAGAGUGGAUAGUUCCGGCCUUUUCGCUCAACCGGAGCCGAGUUGAUGAGGUAGCUCCGCGUCGUACAGACCCCCCUGCAAUCCGAUUGCCCCCGGGACGGAACGGCAACUUAUAACAGAGUAGAAAAAUUUGUUAAUGAUCGUCAUUGUCACCAUCAUAAGCAUUCCUACCCAGCAAUUCAUCGAGUAAGCCUCCUCUUAUAUUAACCAAAACAAUAAUUAUAGCAUUAGUUCUCACAAUAAAUUAGGUACUUGGCCCAGAGUGAAUACG